UGUCAGUGAUCUCUCAUCACUAGCUUGAUGUAUAUAUAUAUAAAUGUGUGAAUAAUUCUAUUAAACGAAAUAUUUUAAUGAUUUGGAUUAAAAUUUAUUUAAAAUUUAAUGAAUAGAAGUGGUAAAAUAACUGUGCCCACGACCGUUUCAUAUAAUGGGUAGCAUCGAGAGAGCUUGCAUAUCUGGAUUUCUUUGUCGUCUUUGCUCUGAAAUGCACAGAAUAGUAAUACAUAUUUAUGGCGACCAGGGUAGGAAGUUAUGUUUAGUAGAGAAGAUUAACGGAUAUCUUCCCAUUACUAUUUCUCCGACGGAUCCCUUACCUAAAACUAUUUGCGAGACUUGUUUAAGAAGAGUGGAACAACAUUAUGACUUGUUGAUGCGAUUAACACGAAUAAAAGAAGGCAGCUUUCCUAAAAUCAAAAAGACGCAGCAAGCACUAUGCACAAUUGGUGACGUUUCAAGUACGGAUGUGUCUGAUGAUGAACAUUUUGACCAUAAUAGCACUCAGGAAGGGCGGAACUCUUUAAGUGACCCAAUUGCACAACAAAUAGUAACAGGUGUUGCAUCGCAAUCCCCAUUGACUGGUGCAACACAAGCAACUAUUGAGUAUAAUAACCUAUCCUAGAAAUAAAUAGCCUAUGGAAUUAAUUAGUAAUUUAAAAGUACGAUAUAAUUAUAACAGUGUGCGAGCAAAAUUAUGAAUUAUGUAGACAGCGGAUUUUUUGAGCCGCAUGCAUUUAAACUAGUAUAAGAUCUUUAAUCCUUGGUUUCUUGUGUAUACAUAUUCGACUUUAUUUUAAAUAUUAAAAUAUAAAUAAAAUGAAUAUAGAAAAAGUU